CCCUGAGUGGUCUCACCUGGGGCACCCCACCCUCUCUCUGCCUGUGGGCCCAUUUAAGCUCAGCCUGGGGCUGUAGUUGCUUCUUUAGCCCUGCUGUAGGUGUAUAGGUCAUGCUCCCUGGAUGGCUGCUGGGCCAGGUUCACUGCUUUGCCUUGCUUGGGCCUGUCAAUGGGCCAUGCCUCUGCUUGUUGUGCUACAGGACUGUGCCCUUGUCCAGACACUGCCUGGGUUUGUGUUACCCCUGCUUUUGGGGCCACUCUCCCUUAAGAACAGCUCAUCCUCACUGCUUGCUGACAUGGAUCACCAGUUGGAGUUGGUCUGGAGACAGCAAACAGAUCCAUGCUGCCGCCUUCUUCCUUACCAUGAAGCGCUCUCAAACCUCCGAAAGGCUUGGCAAUGUCAGCACCACAGGCUCCCCUGGCCGCUGCAUGGGGCAGCAGGAGGGGGUGCCUGGGCUCCGUGCUGGGAACAGCCGUGGAAAGUCGCAGCACCCAGCACGUGAAAGCCAGGUUUUGCUGAGAAGCACCAUGGGACCACUCAGAUCAUUUGUGGGGGUAGAGCAACGACCCCUUUACUCCUCCCGUCCUACCAGGCCAUACCUCUCCCUGUGCCAGCUGGAGCAUGAGCUGGGCGAAGAAGCAGCAACAACGUGCUGUAAGCAUCCCACGGACCUUCCUUUCCUGCUCACCUCAGGAACAUCCCUCACCACCACCAUCUCCGCUCCCAUCUCUAGUCCCAGAAACAGUUUGGUGCUGGUCACAACAGCCUUUGGGCAGGAAAAGGAUAGCUGCAUGUGCAAAGCCCAGGAAAGGCUAACAAUCCAGCUAGGAUAAGAGUGCUGAACAUUUUGCAUGCCCAGAGCAUUUCACAAGCAAAAUGAAUGUUGAGAAGAUGGACCAGUUCCUGUUGUCCAUGCAGGAAAUCCACAAACUACACAAAGAUUAAAUAAUUUGCCAGGGAUGAGGGAUUACGUUGAACUCAGGCAAGGAUUCAGAAUUUAUAGUCACCAUCUCACUUCUCGACUUUGUGAGACAGAACAGAAAUAUCAUAAACUGUACAAAACUAGAUUAUCCCAAUUGCCCCAUUAUUAUUUCUCCCACUCCUAGCGCCUCUUUUUUUUUUUUUUUUUUUUUUCUUUUUUCUUUCUUGUACUGUGAAUGAACUAUUUCUGGAUCAUAUUAGUAGUUCUUGUGACUCUUGCAAAUUGCAAAAACACUUCUGCUACCUUUAACCUUCUUCCAGAAAAUCAGCCCCCACCUCCCCCAAAUCAGGAAGAAGCUGCUGACAUCUGUUGAAAUUUAGUUUAAAAUGCUGAAAUUUGUUAAAAAAAAAAAAUAAAAAUAGGCAGGUGAAGUAAAAUUUAUAUCAGUUGCAAAACAGCUUGCCGACCAAAAGAACAGCAGAGAACUGUUUGGGAAAACAAAUGGAAAAUAAGAGAAAUUAGCCUGGGCAUCUGCUGUUGUGCAUCUGCCCAGGACACACCAACACAGGAAUGCUUUUACACAACUGUUUGUCUAAUUUGUUGUCCUGCCCAGAACCGCAGCCAGCACGGAGUGAUCGAAAUGAAGGGGUAAGAAGCUCUGAAGUGGAUGUUUACAGAAUAACCUUCCCAUCAGGGGAGUUUCUCUCUAACCCAGACAUUUUGUAGCUGUUUUAUAUCCUGAAGCAUGAAAAAGGAUUGCAGCGGUAAAACAGGAUUAGAUUUUAGGAGGGAUUGGCUCUCAGAUCUGAGAGUAAAAAGAAAACCCCUGUAUUGGAAAUAGGAAACUGACAAGGAAAACAAAAUGCUGCAGUCAAAUAGAGUGAGUUAAUGCCAUAGAAAGGGUUAAAACGACAAAAGCACAGACAUUUAGAGAUGAAUUGGUGCAGAGAAAGUAACUUAGCUGAAGUCACACAUUAAGAAUUGGAUAAAAACGA